AAAAAAAAAAAAAAAAAAACGUUAAAGGGCAACACGUAUUAACGCAGAAAAAUAUUUUUUUUCGUCGCAAUAACGCAGUAGUAGCACAUUAACUUACGGAGAGCGUCGAUGUAUUCGUGUUACAUAAGCCAAUACAACUACUAAACUACAACCGCAAGGUGACGCGACGCUCUCUGACAUCGUGGUCUCCGAGUUCUCUUUUAUUUCCGAGCCAACCAGCGGAGCUGUCGAACCGGCUCCUCGCAAGUGGCGCCCCCCUUAGCGGCUCAAUCCGGCAACCCUGAGCGACCGGCUCCGCGAUGCCGAUGGACGAGCGCCUGGUGGCCUCCAUGUCGGCCUUCUGGCUGGGCGUGGCGGUGCUGUCGCCGUGCUUCGUGCCCCGCAGCGAGAACCGCGGCGUGAUCCGGUGCAUGCUCGUGUGCAGCGCGGCGUGCCUCUACCUCUGCUGGCUGUGCACGUACCUGUCGCAGAUCAACCCGCUGAUCGGACCCGCGCUGCCCAAGCCCGCGCUCCUCCUGCUCGACCAGUACUGGACGCCCAUGGACAACCACAGCACCACGACAGUGGCGGCGGCGGCCGGAGAGCAGCUCUAGCCGUUGCUUCACCACGCAACGACUGUUCACUAAUGCUCACGCGAGCGAAGGACUGUGUAGCACCAAGCGCUCGUCUUUCCAUUCUGACCCACGGUUCACGAAGGGACCAUACGGAGUUAAAGGGGUCAUUACACUCAACUUCCGAUCACAGUCUGCGCUGUGUGGGUUAAUUCUUAUGCGUCCACAGACAAGCUUGCAAAACUUUAGCGCAUUUAGACUUAAUUUAAAUUGAAUACUCGAAGCGGUCUGAGAGUCGGGCAACACUGGCGCGCUCCCGAACCGCGACGUAACAAGCUGCUUGCUUUGCGAGCGCCUGCAUUUGGGUGAACGAAUUUGUUCCGCGGUCAGUUGCGCUAUUUCAAUUCCAAUUGAGCUAUUUCAAAUUUGUUCAGCUUACCAAUGGAAUUAAACGACUUGCACCGGCUAAAGCAGUGCCCCCGCGGCGAGACAGCAACAGU